AUGCCACAGUUAAGCUCAGGGAAAGCAAUAACUGUCAGUGAGGUGAAAGGGCCUAACAGGGUGGUCACCAGCCCAAGCCCUCUGGGUGCAGGGGUAGGACGUGAGCCAGGGAAGAAGCUGGUAGUCAGGCAGAGUCCUCAUCUGGCACCAAAGACAAAACCUGAGCAGCCCUUGUCUUCCUGUCUGCAACCGACCAUGCUCUCCAGCGUUUCCUGUGAGCAGUUUGCUUCUCUUGGCUGCGUGCAGAAGGAGCAAGGUGAGAGUAGCCAGAGACUCUCAAGUGAAAAAACCAAAGGGAUACAGUGCAGGAGGGCUGCCAGAAGCAUGGAGAGUGUAGCUGUGCCAGUCUCAGACACUGCUGUAUGCAAAGAUUGGCAGCCAGCAACCAUGGCUGCAGCAGCGUGCUGGGAAGAGACUGUCGGGAAAGGGAUAGGACAAGGUCAACAGCUAUUUUUCUCAGGAACUACUUCGCAAAAUAAAUUCUUAGCAGGGAUCAAAAGGAAAGAAUAUAGCUCUGAGGGACUGAACCUCUCAGGUUUCCUGGAGAGUUCAGGAAGCUCAGGAAAAAAAGGCAAAUAUUCCUUUAUGGAAGUAAAAUUACAAAUCCCAUCCUCAGAGGAGGAACUUGAGAGCACAGAGAGACAUGACAUUUCCUGUUUGCCGGAACCAGAGGUGCUGCAACCCAAAAAGGGCACAUGUGCAGAAAUAAAAAGCACUGACUCCAUAACAAUACGCAAGAUGCAAAUAGCAGAUCUUAAGAAGAAUUUGGGAACUCGGAAAUCCUUGUCUGAACCAAAACCUCAGGAGGAGGUAGAUAUGCCAGGGAAGUUAGACGGGUCUUCUUUAAUGGAAUCAAGAACACCAGGGACACAGGAGAAAGGAAAGAGGUGCUUGAGCAAGAAAGUCGGGACAUCUUUGAGGAAACCAAAACUGCAAGGUCCCAGAGAGAGAGGUAGAUCUGCCUUGCUAGAACCGCAUACACGGUGUGCGGAGUCCAAGAAAGAGGCUGUGAGCCUGAGGAAGAGGGGCAGAAGCACACUGGUGUCACAGCGGCUACGGGGUCUAAGUAGCCAAGAACAAGCAACAGCCAGAGGAAAGGUGCACAAGGGUUUCAUGGAAGAAGAGCAGCAGAGCUCAAACUCUCAGAAAGGAGCAGGCAGCCUGAACGAAAGAGCAGAGGAAAAAUGGAAAGCAAUUGAGCAAGACUCUGGUUCACAGGCUGUGAAGAAGCUUAAGACAAAUCAAAACAGAUCAGAACAUUCCAAGGAAGAGGAAUCUCACUACUCUAAAUCUCCUACAGUUGCUACAUCAGGUGGGACUCAAAGCAAGAGCUUUCUAUGCCAGCCUGUAACAAAAAAGUCUGGUGUGCAGUGUAAUAAAAGGAAACUCAGAAUUGAUCAGAUGAAGUGCUUGCAAAGUUUUAGCGCGAAUACAGCUGAAAAAAUGAGAAAUGUGUCUGGAAAACGUAAUGUGGAACAUUGCAGAAACACCCUCAACCAUUGUAACGGCUUGCUCUGUGCAACAGAAAAGAAUCCGUUUGUGAGACUAGAGGCCUGUAGUUACAUCAGAAUGUUUGUGAAGUCUUCAGCUAGUGGAACUACCAACAGUUACAAAUUAAAUGGAUUCUUCCAUAUAGCCCAUGAUAAAAGAAAGUGUGUUUUUCAUGAUGGUGCUGUAGAACAGAGUGAUAUGAAUUGCAGCACUAGUAGAAUACAAAAUGAGAGAUCACCCAUACAAGGUGGUUUAUUGUUUAAUAAAGAAAAAACUCAAAAUGGAGAAAAGUGUUUUUCAUGCUGUCGGAGUGAAAAGAAUGGGUGUUCAAGGGGAAAAAAGUGGAAUGUUGGUAGAAAGCCUAGAAAAAAGAAGGAAAUCACUGAGAAAUCAGCAGUGCAGAAUGUUUCCAUGGACAUGGGUAAUGAAUGCAGUGAGUGUGCGUUACAAGCAGAAGCAGCAGUUGCCAUGUCAAGCUCCCCUGCAGUCUUAGGGCUAACUCAUAAAGAAAUUACUCCAUCGUCUUCAUGUGAUCAUACAUCAAAUCUUCAUAUAGGAAAAAAUACUCAUGAAGCACAAAAUAUAUCAGUCUGGAGACAGAUUAGUACCGAAGUACUUGAAUUUGAAGAUGGAUUUAAGAAGACAUCCGAGCUCUCUGUAGUAGCAAAAGGAGAAAAUUCAGACAGUGUGGCACAUCAUUCUGCUGCCUCAGAUAGCCUGAGAGUGCUAGCUCAAGUCCAUGAUGUUUCUCACUGUCACAAAAGCAAGACAGAUGAAAAAUUGAACAAAGUUACUAAGAAAUUGCAGCAGUUUACCUGUCAAAGAACAGUACCUAUGACUGGUAGACAUGUUUGGCCUUUUGAAUCUUGUGCCAGGACUUCUGAAUGGGUUCCUAAAAGUCAUGGGUCCAUCUCAGAAGGAAAAGGACUUUUGAGAACUGCCUUUGAGGAAUGCUAUGAUAAAAACAGUGUUAAAGCUGUAGGAAACGAUGCUGUGACUGGAAAUUUGAGACAGCUGGAUUUGCAUACGUCAUCAGUGGAUGUUGACAAAGAAGCUACACGUAAGGUAAUGGAUCCAAAUACUAAAUGUCUGACUUCACUUGAAACACCAGAAUCCUCUUCUGUGGACAUUUAUGAGACUUUGAGAACAAGCAAUGGAAAUGUGGAAUCGCCAGUUAAUAUGGAUAGAAGUGUCAUGGCUUUUAGCCGUGAUGAAGUGCAAGAAGUUAAAGCAACCUUAAAUUGUAGAACAAAACAAAAAUACGAAAAUAAAGGAGCUGUAACAAAAACAAACCUGUCUGUGACAAUCCAGAAUGGUACAUCCACAGGUAACAAAAAAAGAAACUUCAGCCGUAAAGUAUCAGUAGUGAACCAGACGUCUUCUGAUUUAAAGAUAAUGAAAGUAUUAAACACUGGAAACCUGACAAAAUUCAAAAUUCCUUUAUGCAGAAACAAACCUGAAGCCGGGAAAUUGAAAUCUGUCCAUUCAUUUGAAAGCAAAACCUGUAGUCCACUAAAGCUUCUCGACAGCACUAGUGUUUCAAGAAGGCAGAAAACAGGUGAAGAAACUAGUUUAGUAGAUUCUGAGCAGCAGCCUCUUCCUGUCACAAGAGAUGCUACAUCUGCAGCUUCCAUGAAGAAAAAAGCAGAUGAGAUCAACAGUCAGGACUUUAAGCACGAUAGCCCUGAAAACGUUUCAAAUGAGAUGUCUGCGCUCCCUGAAUGUUUUUCUUUAUAUCCAUAUCCUUUUCUAGACGGGCAGCUAGAGUCAUCUGUGCCUGAUUCCUGUGGUACUGAACGUGUACUAAAAUCUAAUUUUCCUGAUCAUUCUUGGAAUGCAGUGGACCACCCUGUUGCAUUAGAAAUAAAUGACGAUAGGAAAUCAAGAGGGAAUCUUUCACAACACAGAAGUCAAAAUUUUCCAGAUAUCCUUGAAGCUUACAAAGAAGAUGUUCUUGUCAUUGAUGUGAUUCAGGAUGACCCCGACCUUUUUGGAACCAGUAAUGAGCCACAGCUUGCGCUUGCAGACUGUGAAAAUUGUCCUGUCAAGGCAUCCUAUACUAGUAUCUGCAUUAAAGAUGAAAAGCAGAAUCUUAAGCUUGAGGAUCCUGUCAUCUCAGAAAAUAGAGAUUCAGUAGAUAGUAAUUUUAGACAUAUUAACAUACAAGAAUCCGGAAUGUCGAAAGAUACUGAAAAUUCCUGUGAUUGGAUGCUAAAAGCUACAGAUAUUAAAACCCGCAACUCCUCCAGAGGAAGCAGUCCUUUGGGAGGUGUUACUGAGGGCUUUCUUGAAGAUGAGCAGCUCAGAGAACUAGAUGAACUUCUAAAGAGUUACAACAUGCAUGAAAAGUUCAAGUUUGCAGAUGGAGUUCCUGAUGUUAAACAAGAAAUAAAGAGUGAAGCUGAAAAAAGUGACUGUAACUACGGAGAUCUUGUGAACUGUGAAUUUCUAUCAGGAUUACCGUUGGAUGCCCCGAAAGUAAACGUCUUCAGUGAAGUUACAGUGAUGAAACCCCAGACAAAUGGUAUCGCUUCUCAUUCAGUCCAGCCCAUCCUCGAGAUGAUGGAAUUGCCCCGCAAAUAUUGCAAAUUUUAUUUCAUGACUUUGCGUGGCUGUGAAAGAGCAAAAUGUUGGUUUUUGCAUGUUCCUGAACAAGGGGAUGAAAAGAUUUGCAUGGCAAUACUUAGGACAUAUAUUAGUGUCAAAGAAUCAGGCCUUCUAAAACGUGCAGUCCAAAUAUUUGUGAAAUAUUACAGAGAAGUUACUCCUGGUGUGGAUUUUUCUUCCCAAGUGCUGAAUGAUCUUCUCAUUUCUUUGCUCAAGAACUGUUUGUUGUGGGAAGUAUUUCAGAUAUUGAAUGUAACUGUACGAAUCAAUACACUGCCCGCUGUAGAUGUUCUUCUGAAAGUUUUUGAGCAUGUGGCUUCUUUGAAUAUAAGAGACGCUGUGCCUACAUUAAUCAGUACCUUUUAUAAGCUCAUUGAUGCUGGUAUGUUCCUUGAGCUUGAACAUUUUGACUGUAUUAUUAAUUUCCUUCACAAAUUACAAGUUUCCAGUCAGGAAAUAAAUACUGUUUUGAGCAUAAAAUCCAGAUUUCAGGAAACAUAUUUUGAAAAGAACUGGCUUUUUGACUUCAACUUGGCAGUGGCUGAAAUUCAGCAUUGCAAGGAAAAAAGCGAUUGGACCAAGCUGGGAGCUUUGUAUAUUAGUGCAAGAACUGGAUGUGAAUGUUUUGAUGAUCUUGAGAAAUUGUCUUUAUGUAUUGCCAAAAUACUAACCAGAGAUUCUGAGACAGACAGACCAGGAGUUCCUUUUUGUGAUUUUGCUGAUGCAGUAAUAAAAAAUUCACAACCUAAUGAAGCAGACAGAAUUUUCAUUGGAAGGACUGGGAUAAGUGUAAUGUAUUCUUAUCACAAAGUGCUGCAGUGGACAAAGGGAAGGAAGGUUUUGGAUAAAUUGCAUGAGCUACAGAUACAUUUUACAGUCUUGAAAGGACUUACAGGUGCAGAGAGGUUAGCAUCAAGAUGUCAAAUUGUUAAUAAAGCUGCAGAAAUUUUUCUUAAAACUGGAAGUUUGGAUGGAGCAACAUGGGUAUUGAGAGAGUCAGAGUGGACCACAAAUGCACCACUGUGGCCCUGCAAUAAAGUGGACAUCCUCAGUCGACAUAACCUGUUAUGUACACUAGCACGCAAAUACUUGAGCAGGAGUUUGUACAGGCAGGCAUUUGAAGUUCUGCAGAACUUACCAGGUUUUCAAAAUCAUUCUGAUACCGUAGAUGUUUCUCAGUACAGCUGCCUUUUUAACAAGCUAAUAAAUGCCUGUUUUGAGAGAAAGAACCUUGGGGUCUCAUCUUCUGCAGUAGACUUCAUGCUUUCAAAAAACAUAGCUAUUGAUUUUUUUUUACUUAGAGGAUUAAUCACAGCUUUGGGAAGAAGUUCUUUGUGGUCCAAAGCUAGGACCUAUUACAAAAGCGCUUUAUCGUUGGGUUGCUACCCACUACUGCAGGGAAAUUUAUGUCACAAACUUUUGAUGAUUCCGUCUUACCUGUCUGAGGUUGAGAUGCUGUUGGCCAUUGAAAUAUUUCUUGUUUCAAAUGCCAGUGAUAUUCAAAGUCUAAUGACUACUAGUCAGACUCUUCAAAUAAUACUGAAAAGAUGUGAAGAUCAGACAGUUCAGAAUAACAGUGACUAUCAAGCGGCAGUGAAGAGAUUGAUCCUGGCUGCUCGUGUAUCUGAUCCAAAGCUUUUUCUUAAGCAUAUGACCAUGAAUGUCAAUAUGGAAGAAGUUUACAGCUUGGAGCUUACAUCCGCUCUAAAAUGGCUUCAGGAGAAUAUGAAGUGGGCUGGGAAGGUCUGGCUGUUUCAGUAG